UCUGCUGGUGAUGAUGUGGGUGACCUGAGUUUCAUUCAGCCCGUGAGCAAUGGCUGGACCUCCCAGAGUGGAGUAAAAGGCACAGUCUCGGGCAGCUACAACCGGCUGGUGGGGUCCUUUUUCAUUGUGUGCUGGCGAGGAUUAGCUGCCAACAUGCCGACUGUUGGAGUAAGAAGGGAACUUCUUUUUAAAGCUUUGGGCAGAGCAUACACUGAUGAGGAGUUUGACGAGUUGUGCUUUGAAUAUGGGCUGGAGCUGGAUGAAAUUACCUCAGAGAAGGAGAUAAUCAGCAGAGAGCAGGGUGAUUCCAAGGCAGCAGGAGCAUCUGAUGUCAUCCUGUACAAGAUUGAUGUACCAGCUAACCGCUAUGACCUGCUGUGUCUGGAGGGGCUGGCCCGUGGACUGCAGGUCUUUAAGAAUAAGCUUGAGGCACCCCGCUACAGACGUGUUAGACCUGUGAGCGGGGAGUCUCAAAAGCUGAUAAUCACUAAAGAGACAGAAGCAGUCCGACGCCAUGCAGUUGCAGCAGUGUUGAGAAACAUCACCUUCACACAGGAACGCUAUGACAGCUUCAUCGAACUGCAGGAGAAACUCCACCAAAACGUCUGCAGGAAGAGGAGUCUGGUGGCAAUCGGGACGCAUGACCUGGACACCAUCUCUGGUCCUUUCACAUACACAGCCAAACCUCCUGGAGAUAUCAGCUUCAAACCACUGAACCAGAGCCAGGAGUUCACUGCCACCCAGCUCAUGAGCCUCUACAAGACAGACAGCCACUUGAGGCAUUACCUUCAUAUUAUUGAGGACAAACCUGUCUACCCAGUCAUCUAUGACAGCAAUGGGAUUGUCCUGUCCAUGCCUCCUAUCAUCAAUGGGGACCAUUCAAAAAUCACCCUAAAGACAAGGAAUGUUUUCAUUGAGUGCACGGCCACAGAUUUGAACAAGGCAAAGAUCGUCUUGGAUAUGAUGGUGACCAUGUUCAGCGAGUAUUGCUUGCAGCCUUUCACGGUAGAGGAGGCUGAGGUGGUGUACCCCGACGGCAAGGCCUGCAUAUACCCAGAGCUGGCCUACAGGAAGGAGAAGCUGUCCAGUGAGUUCAUCAACCGAAAAGUCGGCAUCAAUGAGUCGACUGAGAAAAUCGCCCAGCUGCUCACCAGGAUGUGCCUGCGCUCCCGGGCUACUGGUGUUGGCGAUGAGAUCGAGGUUGAGAUCCCACCCACACGCUCCGACGUUAUUCAUGCUUGUGACAUCAUGGAGGACGCUGCCAUCGCCUACGGUUUCAACAACAUAAUUCGCACCACACCACACACGUACACCGUGGCUAACCAGUUCCCACUGAAUAAACUGACAGAGCUGUUGAGGCAAGACCUGGCAGCUGCUGGAUUCACAGAAGCCCUCAACUUUGCCUUGUGUUCUCAAGAAGAUAUAGCAGACAAGCUUGGGAAGAAGAUCUCAGAAACCAGGGCAGUUCACAUCUCCAACCCCAAGACUGCUGAGUUCCAGGUGGCGCGCACCACCUUGCUGCCAGGCCUGCUGAAAACUAUCGCUGCCAACAGAAAGAUGCCCCUGCCCCUCAAACUGUUUGAGAUAUCUGAUGUAGUGCUGAAGGAUGAGACCAAAGAUGUCGGGGCGAGGAACAGCCGGCGUUUCUGUGCCAUUUACUACAACAAAAGUCCAGGCUUCGAAGUGAUCCAUGGCCUGCUGGAUCGAACCAUGCAGCUGCUGGAGGUGAAGUCCGCCCGUGGAGAUGGCUACCACAUCCAGGCUGCAGACGUGGCCACACUGCUGAAACCCCCCUUACACAUGAAGUCCCUGUGCAGGAAGUCGUCAAGCACCAGUACCCCAUGCAAGACGAAUCCUGGCAGGCUCCGGCCUCCUGCCCUGCUUAUACAAAAACUGUGUUUGGUGACAUGAGCACCCCUGCUGGUCUUAAAGCACUCAAUGAUUUUCUGGCAGACAAAAGCUACAUGGAGGGCUUUGCAGCGUCCCAAGCUGAUGCCGCAGUGUUUGA